AAAUUUUCAGAAUGUUUUAGUUGCGUUUCGGGUGUUUUUUAUGGCACACGCACUUUACGCUGAUCGCCGGCUGACUUAAAUAAAUAAAUAAAAUUGAAUAAUGUACAACAGAAUGCACUUGAUAAGUGUCUUUAUAAUUUUGGCAACACUAUUAUUUUUGGAUAUACAGCAAUGCGCCGCAUCCGUCGAAGAAACUCAUUCGGAGAACGGAAACACAACAGAUUUAGGAUUAGCAAAAACGGAUCUGAGUGAGGAUAGCGACGACGAAUAUACAGACUAUGCGGAUGGCAGUGAAGUCAGCAAGCAAACACGCCAGCGCAAUCAGAGCACCUUUGAGCGGGUGGGCACAUUCUACACGUGGGAUCGCUGGGAGAAGUGGAGCAAAUGUGCGACGACUUGUGUGCAAAUCAAAAAACGCAAGUGCAUCGAACGCAUCAAAAACUCCACAGAUGAGUUGACGGUGGAAAAUCGGUUCUAUCCUGCGGAUGGCAAAGUGGGUUGCUUUGGUGUGCUGAAACGUUAUCGUCAGUGCAAGGAGGAGCGCUGCAAAGCUGGCAAGCAGCGAUUGCGUGACGAGCAAUGCGAAAGAUUCAACAAUGUGCCAUAUCGUGAGACGUUCUAUAAUUGGGUCGGGUACGAGAAAGAGCACGACGAGUGCACGCUGUUCUGCCGCGGCGCCGACUCCGACUUAUUCAUUAGUAUGAACCAAUCUGUCACCGAUGGCACGCCGUGCAAUCGUCCGGCCGUCUACUAUACGCAUUUCUACAGGCGCCAGGCUGUAUGUGUGGAAGGCAUUUGUCGGGCUGUUCACAGCAGCGGCCUAAUUCGACCUGUGACAACUCGUGAUAGUCAAGUGAAAUGUGGUUCGGUCCUGUGCAAACAUGUAUCGGAGAUAUUCAACAGGACCAAUCUAAACAAAUCGUAUAACUAUAUCACCACUUUACCAGUUGGCACAAUGAAUCUAUCGAUUAGACAAAAUAUAAAAAGCAAGAAUUCAUUGGCAUUGAAAAGCCCCGACGAAGUGUUUGUCAUAAAUGGCGAUCGAACCAAGAUAUCAAUCAAUGGCGUUUUCAAUUUCUAUAAUGAUGCCUAUGAAUACAAUCAGACAAAUGGCUUGCUAACAUCAAGGGGGCCGCUUUCAAAGGCAGUGAUUUUAAUGUACUUUUUAGCAGACAUACAGAGCCCAAUUGUUGAUAUUCAGUAUAACUACACCAUACCGAUAUCCUCGCCCUCCAUCAGCGAAGAGGAGGAACUCCAGGCCAUCUGGGAUGAGGCUGGCAAUGCCGUCGAUGCCAGCUAUGCACAGCGCAUCAGGGAUCGCAAACGUCGCAAAUUUAGCUGGAAAUUGCUGGGAUUCGGUGAAUGUAAUCGCUCCUGUGGACCCGGCACUCAAACACCCAUCUUUCGCUGUGUGUGUGAGCGUGAAUCCUCAGUGCGAUAUUAUUCGCCCCGACGUUGUGCACUCAUCGAGAAGCCCACCUUCCAUGACGGCAUCUAUAAUUGCAAUCGUGGCCUCUGCCCGGCUUUCUGGCGUCCGAGCACCUUCAGCAACUGUCAAUGUCCCGAUGGCAAUUCCAACGGACAGCGAACACGACACUAUGAAUGCAUGCAGGAGCAGAUCGGGGGCAACGUCAUGCAAGUGACAGACGAACUAUGUCCUCAGCGACAUGAUCAACCUGAGAUCUGUCGUUGUAUAAAUUGUAGUUACAUACCUAUGUAGUCCGAGAG